AUGUUAAUUUCAGUAACCACACUUCUUAUUUCUUUCCUAUUACCAUUGAUAUAUGGUUUAGAUUCAGAUCCUACAAUAUUAGAUUCCAAAGUGGGUGUUGUUUGUAGUAGAGUUACACAACACAAGGGCAAAGGAUAUAUAAAAGUCAAUGGCCAAAAAUUGCCCCAGGAUGUUAAAAUACCUACAUUUAUUUUCCACUACAUAGACCUUUUAAAUUUUACCAAUGUCCCAAGAGUAGAGAGUUAUUAUAACCAAUACCCAAACAAGUUGCCUGAAGAUUUGUUUUCUGAAGAUAAAUUUAACAUCAUACCUUCCAAAGAAUCUGAAUUUGAUACAGCCAAAGUAUACAAUGGAUACAUUGACUCUUCCAGAGAUGCCGAGUUUAUUGUCCCUCAAUCAGGUAUCUAUUGUGUUUAUAUUGGUAAAGUUGAGGAUGCCAAAGUUUCAAUUCCUGUUGAUUUCAAAAAUUCAUACGGUAAUUUGGAUUAUCCAUCAUAUAUGGUUUAUUCUCAAAUGAAAUGGGUUAUUAUAUUUGCUAUUGCAUUAUUUGCAUACUUGUUCAAUUACAUCUUACAAUUCAAAGUUGGUGAAGAUUUUAAAAAUUUGGAUUCAAUUUCUGUUAUUUCAAAAGCCAUUAUCUUUUGGGUAUUAAUUCCUUAUAUCAUGGUGUAUAUUUAUCAAUGGGCUUUAUUCUUUUUGAAGAAUAAUUUCAUCAGUUCAAGUCAAAAUUCAAUGCUAGUAGGUUGGGCAACAUUUUUCUCAGAGUUUAUAACUCAGACAUAUAGUAUCUACACUUCAGGUUUAUUAUUAUUGUUUUCUAUGGGUUACGGGGUCAUUUAUUAUCACAAUGGUAAUUCUCACAACUAUAGAAUGUUUCCUCAAAAAACUUUCUCCAAAGUUAUUGCUUUCUUUGUUGUUUAUGUGUUGAUUAUGUAUGUUUUCUUAUUACUGGCCAGUCACCGUUCAGACCAGUAUCCAUAUUUAUCAGGAUUUGGUAAUUUAUCAUUAUUUGACGAGAAAUCAUCCACUUGGACUAGUGUUUUUGGAUCAUUGGCAGGAUUAUUUUCAAUGAUUACGUUUGGUUUAACAAUGUACAACUAUUUCCAAACCAAGAAAACUAUUGCCAAGUUCCCACCAUCAGCUAAUGACAGCGAUUCAACUGAAAGAGUUGGCUCUGCAUUCAGAAAGUCGAUAAUCAUCUUUUUGGUAUUGCCAAUCAUUGUAUUUUUCAUUGGUGGUUUAAUUGGAGCUAUUAGUAGUGUCAAAAAAUUAGUUAAAGAUAUUCCUCAACAACCAAGUGAUCGAUUUGAAGAUUAUCAAUCGGUAAUUAUCUUUUUUUCUUUAGAGAAUACAUUUGCUGGUGUUAUGGAACCUAUGUUGAUUUCAUCAUGGGUUUAUUUCUUCACUGCUGUUAUAGCCAUUUUCUUCAUUUGGAUUAAAGACAACAAUGGAUUGAUUAUUGAUCGUAAUGUUGAUGAUCCAAUUGAAUAUGCCAAUGUUUCACAAUUUGAUGUCAGUGAUUCCGAAUAA